AUGUGGCUGAUUGUGUGCUCUAUUGAUCGAGAGUAUUCGGUUGUCAACGAUAAGGAUGUGCUCAAGGGAAAUAUUGCAUGCGGUUCACGAGUUACUGUGAUGCAUCAAGGUACUAAACAGGAUGUCACGAUCAUUUUCACCCAUAAUAGUCGUGCUCAGUGCGAUCAAUACUGUCAACGAUUAUCGCAGUACUGUUCGCCAAGUGAAGGACAACGUGCUCCGAUCGAUAUCACAUUUUUGAACCUUCCAAAAAAGAGGAAAGAAUCCGUUGACGAAGAGAUGGAUGGCGAAUGCAGCAACGCACAAACGGACCUUCUCUUUGAGGAUGGCUUUGUUAAAAAGGAGCCAACUGAAAAUGUUAGCGUAGAAGUUACUCAGCAAGAGGUCACACUGGGAACAGAUCACGAGGAAAUCAAACCACCCAGUAUGAACGCCGAGGAAAUUUUGAUGGAAUGUCGUGGUAACGCGCCGUCAAUGUCGUCAGAGCAAGAUGAUGAUGAAGAGAGUGGAGACGUAGACGUUGAAGUGCCUCACGUCUUCUUCGCGGAACUGUUGCGGACUAUAAAAAGCCUACGCAGUGAGUGUCGUGCUCGGUUCGACCGAAUUGACGAUCAGGUUGAGGAUCUGGCUGGACGAGUCUUCAUUCUCGAAGAAUUUGUACGACGUGCAGGCCGAUUGGGACCGUUGAACAAUUGCACACCUUCGACUUCGAGUAAUGCUGAUUUGAGUACUAACGAAUUGAGCGGUUCGGUUGCAGAUGAACAGAAUCCAAGACAGAAUUAUCCUUAUCCACAACUUAGCGAAGCAGACGUUGGUACAAUUCAGCGUGAGAGCAAAACCAUUACAUCAUUUGCGAGAAAGGUUGACCGAAUUCUUUUCGCCCACGAUCCAGACAAAGAUAGCCCAAUCGAUGCACGCAAGGAUAAAGCAAAAAUCUUGUGGUUGAAAAGUUUGAUUCGCACUAUGCAUCCGACUGCUUCCAGUCUGGAUGAUGCUGCUCGUUGGACCGCAUGCCGACAAGCAAUCAAUGACUAUUGUCGGAGGUCUGGAAAGCAUCUAACCGAAGAGGAACGGGCGCAAAUUCUACGACUAGUUGCGAAGCGAAGUCAUGAAGAAGCAGCUGCUGAGUUUAAUCGGCUUCAUCCUGAAAGGGUGCCUAUUCGCCAGAGUAGUGUCACCAGACUGAUCGCAAAGUUCAAAGCGACUGGAUCCAUAGCUGAUAGACCUCGCAGUGGUCGACCAAAAACGCUGUCUAGAGGCGUCAAUGCAGCUGCAAUUGUUGCGCUAGCAGUUGAGAAUCCAGACAAGUCCUUACGACAGUUAGCGUUGGAAACCGGAGUGUCCAGAAGUAGCAUCCAUAGAAUUCUACAGUGUUAUAAAGACCAAAUACUAGGUUCUUUCGAAGUUCUGUGA